CCUAAAAAGCUCUGCUGCGGAGAGAUUAGAGGAGGAGGAGCUUGGAGAACCCUCGGAUUUCCAUCUCCAAUCCUCAAAGUUCGAAGAAAGACCCUUUUCUGUAGUCCAUCUGCUCCUUCGGAUCGUCGAGAAAACGUAUUAAUCCUCAAGUAAGAUGGAUCUUGGAAGAUGUGUGUGGACAUUUGUGUGACCAAUUGGAUUACUCUCAAGUAUCGUUUUUUGAUUCCUUGGAUGAUAUGCUGGAUGUGCUACAUGGGACAAAGUCUUUUCAAAGAUCGACCUGAGGAGUAGAUAUCAUUCGAUACAUAUCUGCAUGAGGACAAUGUGGAAGACUGCAUUUAAGACUUAACAUGGACUUUAUGAGUGGCUCAUCACGUCAUUCGCCCUUUCAAAUGGUCGAGCACUUUCAUGAGGUUGAUAACAAAGGAUUCCAAGAAAUGUCUGCAUAUACUCCCUCCCAAGAUGGCGUUUCGAAGGCUGAUUGGACAACACCCCGUGAUGCGUACUUGGUUGAGUUGUUAAUAGAGCAGCAGAAUGCGGGGAAGCGGUCCAACAUGGGCUGGAGUAAAGAAGCAUGGAAGUAUGUGGUGGACGCAUUUAAUAAAAGGUUCCGGCUACAUCACAAUGUACAACAACUGAAAAGCCGUAUUGCACAACUCAAGAAGAACUACUACAUCGUGAAGCAACUCAUUUCUCACAGCGGCUUUGCUUGGAAUAGUGUCAUGCAUACUGUGACCGCUGAUGACGAUGUGUGGGACCGCUAUCUUAUGACUCACCCUGAAGCAAGGCCUCUGAGGAAGACGGGCCUGCCUUUAUAUGAAAUUUUGGGAACUCUAUUCGAAGAAGGAAGAUCCCAGCUUUCAAUGCAUCGUCAAGAGGAGAGCGAAAACGGCGGAAACACACCAGUAGCCCAUCGCAUGCUAUCUCAUUCGACGCCAUCAUUGCAUGUCGUUGGAGACAAUGAAGAAUUUAGUUCAGGAUCCGAAGAGGAGAUCCAUUCAGAUGAUUCCCCUCCCAACAAGCGACAAGGAGCCCCAGUAUCAUCAACACCCCGUCGUAGGAAGAGAGUGCGAGUGGGCACUGGCGGCAGGAUUGCAUCGGCCUUGGAACGCAUAGUUGCAGCUUCUGAGAGACUAGCCGAGUCGACUCAAGUGGCCGCAACAAAUGAGGACAGGCUUUCUUACGAAAAGUGUCUAGAAGAACUACAGAUGGUAGAAGGAUUGGAUGAUAUGACCUUCAUGAAGGCGGUCCAUAUUCUCAGGGAUGAAAAGAAUGCCGUCGCCUUCCUGACUCUCAAAGGACCGAGGCGUUUAACAUGGUUGAUGCUGCAAUGCAGUAAGGGCGGGCGUUACUAGGAGUCUGAAAUUGCUAGCCAUCCACUGUGGGGCCUACUUGACGAGCAGUUGGUCAGGAUUGCUGUUGAAAGGACACUACCAACACUUGCUCUUACCAGAGGUCGCCGGACCCCCCGACAGUUAAAAUGUGAUGUUAGCAUAUGUCCAUUCUUAAAGCUGGUAUGUGUGACAUUUUGAGUGGUUAGCUAAUCCAACAUGCGCUUACAAUUGUGGCGUGUGGGACAUCUGAGCUGUGUCAGGUGACUCUCAUUGUGUAGAUGACCUGGCUGAUGAGCAACUGUAAUCAAUGGAUGUUUUUCUUAGAAAAGAAAAAAAUGCUAACAGUCCUUGUUCAUUUUACCAGUGUGACGGGCUAUUUUCAAUUUCAGGCCAGGUCAUCUACAAAGUGGGCCAUGUGGCACGUCUCGGGUGUGUGCCACUCGUGUGGUAGCAUUAAGAGGCUAAGAAAAAUUAUACAAUUUUAACUACUAAUGAAUUGCUGUUAGCUGAGAACUUUUAGGGCUCCA